UCUCUCCCUUAAAGGCGGAAGUUUUAGUUCCGCUCAUUCAGUUCUUAGAAACUGAGAACAGACCAGAAGUCGCUUCUUUCUCCCAACACUAAACGCGGUUCCCUCAGAUAAGGUGCAUCAUGAGCAGCAGCUACAGUGUUUCCCUGAUCGGUCCAGCCCCGUGGGGCUUUAGGCUGCAAGGAGGAAAGGACUUCUGCUUGCCUCUUACCAUCUCUCGGCUGACUGAUGGCGGCAAGGCAGUUAAAGCUGGGAUGAACAUCGGAGAUAUCAUACUUUCUAUCAACGGUAUUUCUUCAGAGGGUAUGAAUCACCUUGAAGCUCAGAACAAGAUUAAGGCUUGCACAGGCAACCUCAGCCUCACUCUACAAAGACCCUCCACUGUCUCCAAAGAGGAAUCUGUAAAGGAAGAGCCUCAGGAAAUCAUUAAGCCCGUGCCGAUCACUCACCCCGCGCCCAGCAACACAUACACCAAGCCACUGAGCCAGUCCACUCCUCUGUACAACAAGACAGCUCGGCCAUUUGGGGGGGGAGGCAGUGGGUUCACAACUUCUUCAUCCCCCUCUGCACCAAAAGUUGCCACUAUUCCCUCAGAGUCAUCAGCUUUCACGCCAGCUGCCCCCUCUCAACCGCCACAGCCUCCAUUCGCACUGAAGUCGAGCCACUCUGCUUCCGAUUCGGCUGCAGUAAACUCGUCUCUUAAAAUCAACCCCGGCCGCUCUGCAUUCACCUCCCCGUCUGCUUCGUCCACCUCAUCUAACUCCUCAUCAUCACCCAGAGUGACCGCCCCUCCCUCCAAUCCUAAUGUCCCUCAGCCCUCCGUCUAUAACACACCUAUCAACCUGUACUCCAAUGACAAUGCUUGUGAAGUGGCUAUUGGACAGAGGCGAGGCCUUUUGGAGAGCCAGGGCCUUUCAGAACAUGUCAAUGGGAAAGUUGGUGUGGAGCUUGAAAAGAGCGCGUCCCCUCUCAGCGAAGCCAGCAAGAAACGUCUUAUAGAAGACACAGAGGACUGGCACCCACGGUCCGGUACCUCUCAGUCUCGCUCCUUCCGUAUCCUCGCACAGAUGACCGGCACAGAGAACGAAAACAUGCCGGAAAAUGGAAAAAAAGAAGCAGUUGAUAGAACCACUCCCAUUGUUCACACAUCACCUGCUGCAAAAACUCACUCAUAUUCUACAACAGCACCCAGGAAUGGCAGUGCUAUCACUGGUUCUACAUUUAAGACUCCUUCCAUUCAGAACAAAGCCUCCUUCCAACCUGGAGGUCCUUCAGGAUUUCCUAAGAUAGGAGCAGGUCCUUCAUUUGGGAAAAUAGUCGGUCCUGCUCAGAAAGGACCAGACCUCCCCACUCCACAGCCGCAUCCCGAGGAUCUGAAUUCUCUAGUGCAGCGUGCAGAACACAUCCCUGCUGGCACCCGUACCCCCAUGUGCUGCAAGUGCAACAAAGUCAUCAGAGGUCCUUUCCUCGUAGCCAUGGGCAUGUCCUGGCACCCUGAGGAGUUCAACUGUACUCACUGCCACUCCUCUCUGGCUGAACGGGGAUUUGUUGAAGAGAAGAACCAGGUGUACUGUGUGCACUGCUAUGAGCAGUUCUUCGCUCCCACCUGUGCCAGCUGCAACCAGAAGAUCCUUGGGGAAGUCAUGAACGCCCUGAAGCAGACAUGGCAUGUGUCCUGUUUUGUCUGUGCUGCCUGCCACCAGCCGAUAAGAGGCAACACGUUUCACAUGGAGGAUGGACAGCCAUACUGUGAAAGAGACUACUACACCCUGUUUGGGACCAACUGCCAUGGCUGCGACUUCCCCAUCGAGGCCGGAGACAAGUUCCUGGAGGCACUCGGAUUCACCUGGCACGACACCUGUUUUGUUUGCGCAGUUUGUUCCACAAGCCUGGAAGGUCAGCCCUUCUUCUCCAAAAAGGACAAGCCCUUGUGCAAGAAGCAUGCACAUUCUGUCAACAUCUAAUUUUGCCAUAGAGAUCUAGAAAUAAUAAAGUGCAAGAUUGUAUCAGACAUUAAAACAAUAAUGAAACAAUAGUUUGAUUUAUACAUUGCAGGAUUUCAUAGCAGAUGAUGGGAAAAAAUGAUUUUCAUAUUUUCUAGUAUAAUUUUCACUUUUCUGUUCUUAUUGCUUAUAAUAAUUCUCUACCAAAAUAUUUUGAUCACAUUUCAUCCUCUAUUAGCAUUUGGGCAGAUAGGUUUAAUAAUAUAUCAUAGAGAGAGAGUCUGUAUUAUGAAAUAUUUGUUUUACCCAGAAAACAUGCUGUGACCUACUGAGGCCUUCAGGGUGUCAUUAAAAACCGCUUUGUUGUUAAAACUUGUGAAGCUAAAGUAAAGCUACUGCAAGGUUAGAGAUAAGGAUUAUUUAAUGUUAAGUAGAAAACAUAUUUAUGAGUAAGCCAAUGUGUUCUAGAAGUUUACCAGGAAAUGUUUUUCUUUGUAUUGUGAUAUAAAAAUAUAUUUUUUCUUAAAAUUAUUCAUUACCACUGCAGUGGUUAAUGUGCAGAAUAAGGCAAAAAUUACAUUUUACUUGCUUAUUUGUUCAUCAGUUUUUCUUUUUUUCAAACAUUUAACAAUGAUAAACAGAUUUCAUCAAAAGUAAAACUUUAUGUAAUAUGCAUAAAAAGCGUUUUCUGCUAGAGCCUUAUAUUAAAAUGCCUUUUUCCUAAGUGUA